CCCCCCCCCCCCUCCAAAAACAACAACUAUGCCGAAGCCGCUAAGGAAACACCCAAUGCCCCCAAGGCACACCCCAAAAUACCUAAGACUCCCUACAAAGCACCGCAACAGGAGAAGCCCCCCCACAUCUUCCUAUGCCUCCCUGAGAGUCACCCAGCCCGCUGAGCUAGCCCACACGCCACCAUGGACAUCUUGAGGAAACACUUGGACAAACCCUGCUCUAAGGCAGUGAAAGAGAUCCAACAGGUACCUUCUGGCCUAGCAAUCUGGCCUAGGGACGGCCUGGGCCUUCACCUGCUCAUGGAAUGCAAGGAAACUCUAGAGAGUUCCAUCCAGGGAG